AGUUUUCAUUGGUUUAACUCUAUACUCCCCCUAUAGCGCGCACUAUUUCCGCGUUUAUGUUUUGUUUCCGCGAGAGGCGUUACAUGCAUUCGACUUACAACAGUUACUACAGCAAGUUAUUUACAUAAUAAGCAAUAUCUUUUUAGUUAUACAGCCAUGUCAGACCGGGGCUCUUUCGAUACUAAUGUUGUAACUUUGACGAGAUUUCUGCUUGAAGAGGGCAGGAAAGCUAAAGGCACGGGCGAGCUGACAACUCUUCUCAAUGCAAUGUGCACGGCUAUAAAAGCAAUCUCGAGCGCUGUGAGGAAAGCAGGUAUCGCCCACCUGUAUGGAAUUGCUGGAAGCACCAAUGUGACAGGUGAUCAGGUGAAGAAGCUGGACAUCCUUUCCAAUGACCUUGUCAUCAACAUGAUCAAAUCGUCCUUCACCUCAUGUGUAAUGGUGACAGAGGAAAAUGAAAAUGCUAUAAUAGUCGAGCCUGAUAGACGAGGUAAAUAUGUGGUUUGCUUUGACCCUCUGGAUGGCUCAUCCAACAUCGAUUGCCUUGCUUCCAUUGGGAGCAUCUUUGCCAUCUACAGAAAGUGCACCGAUGGCGAACCAUCAGAGAAGGAUGCACUACAGCCCGGGAGAAACAUAGUGGCUGCUGGGUAUGCGCUGUAUGGCAGUGCCACCAUGGUUGUGCUCUCUACUGGUCAAGGAGUGAACUGCUUCAUGUUAGAUCCAGCAAUUGGGGAGUUCAUUCUGGUGGAUAAAGAUGUGAAAAUUAAGAAGAGAGGAAAGAUCUACAGUCUGAAUGAAGGUUAUGCCCUUUAUUUCGAUCCUGCCGUCACAGAGUACCUGCAGAAGAAAAAGUUCCCGGAGGAUGGCAGUGCACCCUAUGGAGCUCGUUAUGUAGGCUCUAUGGUAGCCGAUGUGCAUCGGACCCUGGUGUAUGGAGGAAUCUUCCUUUACCCUGCUAAUGUGAAGAGCCCCAAAGGAAAGCUUAGACUACUCUAUGAAUGUAACCCCAUGGCCUUCAUCAUGGAGCAGGCAGGAGGAAUGGCCACUACAGGUACCACAAACGUUUUGGACAUCCAGCCCGAGGGCAUCCAUCAGCGGGUACCUGUGGUGAUGGGUUCCCCUGAUGAUGUCCAGGAGUACAUCUCCAUCUUUCAGAAACAUCAUAAAUGAAGAUUUAAACACAACAAAUAAAUACACCAAAAUAUAUUCUUGCUCUUAAAAUGUAUGUAGAAUUAAGAUCCUACUUCAAACACCAUAUGUAUCUAUACAUCAAUGAAGUGUUAGUAAAGUUGGAAUAAGAUGUUUUAGUCUAAAUUAUGUUAUAAGUGUUUUUUUAUGUUAAAAAAAUUUUGGGACACGAAUCUUUACAUUAUAUUUGACAUUUUCUCUGAAAACCUUAUAGACCUUAUUUUGGAUGGAUGAUAAGUCCACUUGUUGUGCCUUAAGGUCUUUGGUCUAAUUGGAUUUAUUUUUUAUAAUCAAGGUUCCAUUAGACUUUUUGGGGGAGUAAAUUUAUAUUUUUAAUGUUGCAUUAUACUGGAAAUAUACUGAACAGAUUGUAUGUCUAUCACAGCCUAAUUUUUUUUUUAUUUAACGUAAUCUACGGCCUAAGGUUUACUUCAUUAGUCCAGACAAUCUAUGUUAGUGUUAGUGGCUGCUGAAAUUAAAAUUGGCUGGCCAAAAAGACCAAAGGAACUUUAUAGCAGUAGCAAGGAUUAUUUGAAAUUAAACACAUCUUUUUUUCUGA